GAAAUUUGUAAGCUCGGCAACUACCUCUCUCUCUCUCUCUCACUGUGCACGCUACACACAACUGUUCGACAAUGGGCCACAACUUGGAGACUCGAUCGUUGAUGGAUGAAAUUAGAAGCUUCGAUAGGAAUGGAGGUUUCUUCGAUUUAGGUCAUCCCCUUCUCAAUCGUAUGGCCGACAGCUUCAUCAAGGCCGCCGGUAUUGGAGCAGUCCAGGCAGUGUCGCGGGAGGCAUAUUUCACUGUUACCGAAGAUGGAGAUUCGACUGCUUUCCCUGCUACCCAGCGGAAACAUCGCUUGUCGGAACUCAAAGGAGAAACCAACAAGAAAUCUGUUGAAGCGUUGGUUAAAGGCACAGGGAAAGAGUCUCUGCAAUGGGGUCUUGCUGCUGGGAUGUAUUCAGGUGUUACAUAUGGAUUAAAAGAAGCUCGAGGAGUUCAUGAUUGGAAAAACAGUGCGAUGGCAGGAGCGAUCACUGGUGCAGCUUUAUCAUUAACGUUUGAGGAUUCUUCUCAUGAACAGAUUGUGCAUGCUGCCAUCACAGGCGCGGCUAUAUCCACGGCUGCUAAUCUUUUGACUGGGAUAUUCUAGAAUUCUAGGGCUUUUCAUUUGAAUAUUUUCUUGUUUAAUUAGUAUGGAUCUCCCAGUGUUGGUUUUUAAUUAGUUAUAUCUUGUUUGAAUGAAGAUAUGGAGUUUCUGCGUAA